AUGAAGAACCUCCUGAUUUUCUUGCUUCUGGGGCUGGUGGCUGUCCUGAAGGCCCAGGAAGUCCCAUUGGAUUACCAGGAGGAGCUUUCUGGGACCUGGCACAUAAAGGCCUUGGUAUGUGACAAGGACCACACAGAGAGGGAGGGCCCCAAGAAAGUGUUCCCUAUGACGGUGACAGCCCUGGAAGGUGGGGACUUGGAGGUCGAGAUGACAUUCUGGAAGAAGGGUCAGUGUCACAAGAAGAAAAUUGUGAUGCACAAAACUGAGGAGCCCGGCAAAUACAUUGCCUUCAAGGGCAAGAAGGUCAUCUAUAUUCAGGAGCUUUCUGUGAAGGACCACUACAUCUUCUACUGUGAAGGACAACAUCACGGGAAGUCACGUCGCAUGGGGAAACUCGUGGGGAGAAACCCUGAGGAAAACCCAGAGGCCAUGGAAGAAUUUAAGAAAUUUGCACAGGGCAAGGGAUUACGACAGGAAAACAUCUUGGUGCCUGAGCAGAGGGAUCAGUGCACCCCUGAGAGUGAUUAG